CCGCCGGGACACGCCGCAGGCGACUCUGCAGGGACCGCGCUCCCGCCGGCCGCUCGGAGGAUGGACAGGAGGGCGCGGAGCUCCUCCCGAGAGGCCCGGGGGAGUGGCGGCGGGACCCCCCGCAAGGAGAACCGGAGGGCGAAGGCCGAGAGGGGCGGUGGAGGCCGCGGGCGCCGGGAUGCGGGGCGCGAGCGGCGGGACGUCGGGCGGGAAGGGAGCCCCCGGGAGACCCGCGCGCCCGCGGCCGCCGUGGCAGCCACCGUGGUGGACGUGGAUGAUGUGCGGGGCUCCGGCGAGGAGGGCACCGAGGCGAUGGCGCCGCUGGAGAGCGAGCGGCCCGAGGAAGGUACCAAGUCUUCUGGGUUAGGGGCCUGCGAGUGGCUUCUUGUCCUCACAUCCCUGCUCAUCAUCAUCGUGACCUUCCCUUUUUCUGUCUGGUUCUGCAUAAAGGUUGUACAAGAAUAUGAGAGAGUAAUUAUAUUCCGACUGGGACAUCUGCUUCCUGGGAGAGCCAAAGGCCCUGGUCUUUUCUUCUUUUUGCCCUGCCUGGACACCUACCACAAGGUUGACCUUCGUCUCCAAACCUUGGAGAUACCCUUUCAUGAGGUUGUGACCAAAGACAUGUUUAUAAUGGAGAUAGAUGCCAUUUGCUACUACCGAAUAGAAAAUGCCUCUCUUCUCCUAAGCAGUCUUACUCAUGUGUCCAAAACUAUUCAGUUCCUCGUGCAAACCACCAUGAAGCGUCUGCUAGCACAUCGAUCCCUCACUGAAAUUCUUCUAGAGAGGAAGAGCAUCGCCCAAGAUGUAAAGGUCGCCUUGGAUUCAGUGACCUGUAUUUGGGGAAUCCAAGUGGAGAGAACAGAAAUUAAGGACGUGAGGCUGCCGGCCGGGCUGCAGCACUCCCUGGCUGUGGAAGCCGAAGCGCAGAGACAGGCCCGAGUGCGGAUGAUCGCUGCAGAAGGGGAGAGAGCCACCUCCGAGUCCCUGAGAAUGGCAGCUGAGAUUCUAUCAGGCACUCCAGCUGCUGUUCAGCUUCGAUACCUCCACACUCUUCAGUCCUUGUUCACAGACAAACCUUCCACCGUGGUUAUACCUUUGCCAUUUGACAUGUUAAAUUUCGUGUCUUCUCCCAGCAACAGAACUCAAGGAAGCAUCCCCUUCCCAAAUCCUUCCAAACCUGUUGAACCAUUGAAUCCUAAAAGGAAAGACUCUCCCAUGUUAUAAGAGGGGCGAAGGAUACUAUGUGGGAACCUGCCAUGUGACAGCCACACCCCUGAGUGUUCUCACUUCCUGCCCUUUCUUUUGGUUGCCGGAUAGAAUGCCCUCGGAAUGUAUGAAGUUGCAAUGCAGCAACCUACCUACAUGAGAAGACAGUGAAAUCAUGUAAUGACCAAGAAGAGAUACAACAAGUUUAAGUAGAUCAUCUAGUCAGAGUAAUUAUGGGAAAGAGCUUUAGCCAACAUUCUACUUUGGAAAGAAUUUUGAGUCCAUAUAUGGCUAAACUUAGAUGUGGUUCAAAUGUCCUUUUUGCUGUGUGCCCUCUGGCCCCUUUGGCAAUGUCUUUGCUGCUCCCACAGCCCUUUCUACAUGCGCUGAUCGUUGUGUUUAUUACACUGUGUUGUAUAAUCCUGUACUUAAGAUGCAGGCUUCUCUCCAACUAUACUAGGAACUCCUCAAAGGUACAUCUUAGUCAUUCUCCCCUGACCACACUCAACCUUGUACACUCCACCCCAUAGUCCUCACACCUAAUCCUGAUACCUGCACCACAGUGACACUUAAAUGAGUGAAUGAGAGUAAAAGAGAUAUAGUUGGGCUAAAUAUAAAUAAAGAAUUUAAAAGGAAUUAUAAAGUUCCUUUUUUAAUAAAGAUUCCUUUUUGAAAUAUAGAAAUAAAAGGACAAAAACAUUUAUCUGAUACAUGUUGCUUAAAAUCGGAGGAAGCAUCACUAUAAAUAUGGGGCCAAUGUAUUUUCAGUAUAGAAUUGGCCAGUUUGCGUAUUUUUCAAACAGUAUCAUUAUAUGAUCUAUACAUACUUUGAAGUAUUCUUUUCUUGCAUGUAUUCCCUAAUACAAAUACAUUUAUAUUAUAUAAUUGGCCUUAUUUUUUAUUAACUUGCCUUAUACAAUUAGAAAUAUAUAUCUAUAGAAAAAAUAUUAGUCACAUAAAUAAGAAUACUGAUAUAUAUAUAUAUAUAGUGAAUCUUCUUAUAAACUUAAAAAAACAAUAACAUUAUAAAACAUUACUAACAUGACAAAAACAUGACUAAAAAUCAUUAUGAAGAGACAUAUGAUAGAGAUGACCCUGGGAUUUUCCAUGUUGCUGUAGCAGACAGAAAUGGUGGUAGCUACCCCAGUGCUCACUAGUUGGUGAUUUCUCUCCGUCAAAGUGCCUCUUUACUCUUCAUGUUAUCUGAUGUCAUUACUGGAGAUGUCUUCCUGCUAGCCCGUGAGAACUUUAAAUAUUUGGCAUAAAAACAUCGGUAAAGGACUUCUGUUUAUGAAUGUUAUCCCAUAAACCCUGUUGAACAUUAUUUCAGAGAGAAAUGUAUUCUGAGCUCCUAACAGUGGACCUAGAAAUUUUGUUAGUAUUUUAUCUGUUGAAGACAGGUUGUUUUCCCACUAUGUUUAAAUAACAGAGACAAGGCCCCAAACCAAGGGUGCUUUGCCCAUCCUGUUCUCUCUCAAUCACUCCAAUACUCCUUCCCUCUGCCAUCCUCCUGCCCUCUACAAAAAGAACAAAAACUCCCUAGCAAUCUAAUAUAGCAGUGCAGCAUGAGGCCAACCUCACGGUCAUCUCUGUCAUAUGUCUCUAGGCCAUCUCAUCACCUCCAGCCACACUGGGAUAACCACACAUUCUAGCCCAACCUUGCUGUGCCCUUUGACUUGAGCCAAGCAAUGAAUCUUCCUAAGAUUAUGCAGGAUUAUUAGAUUAUUUCAGAACCUACAUAUGCAUACUGACAUGCCAAAUUCACUUAUUAAUAUGACCAUCGGCUUAUAAGGUUAGUAUAUAAUGAUGAUAAAUUUUCAAUUUUGUUUCAAAAGGCUAUUUCAUCCAGUUCUGAAAAAUGUUUCCGAAUGUUGGUAAGAGAGUCUCCCUAGUCCCUGCUCCCAAGGACCAGGCUUGGUUGUGUGGGAAUGGCGGUGCAGAAAGCCAUAGAUCAAACAGUCUCUGGGGCAAUGGGAGAUUCUGAAGGAGGAAAAGCUCUAAACCAUGUUCAAGUGCCAAAAUAGAAAGUGUGGAAUCCAAAAGGCGGUCAAAUCCAAGUAGGCCAAAGCAGGUAAUGAAAUCUGCCAAGCCAGGAGUAUGGAGCCAACGAGAGGAAAGCAAGCACGAAUGAGGCAGACAGAAUGGGGAAGGGGAAACUCCUGGGUGAUUCCCUAGAAUGUCUAACCAUUAGGCUUUGCAGUUUGUUUUUGUGCACCCGCCAGGGCACCGUCAUAGGUGGCCCAGCCCAUUUCAAGGGCCAAUGGCAAUUAGAGCAUUCCUGAAGCGGGAAAAAUGUUUCAUUACCGCUGUGUUGGCCUAUACCCAUCCCAGUGUACUUUUGAUUGAAGUUAGGAUGACAUCAAGAGUUGUUGGUCACUUUUCACCCCCUAUAGAUGUUCUUGAUAUUGGGCUGGCAGAUGUUGGAAUGACUAAUGAAAAAAAGGAGGUAGGGUCAUGCUGUUUCCGGUAAAAACCACAGCCAGGAACAGAACAGUGAGAAGUGAAUGCCAGGAUGACAAUGUAACAAUAGCUUGUAUGGACCUUUAAUAAUUCCUAAGGUCCCUGACGUUAACAAAAAGUAUUCGGAAAAACUUAUUAAGAAUUCUUUGUUGCCAUGUUGAAAAUGCGAAUUCCUCCUCCAUAUUUUUGUGAAUCCCAAAGUCUGAAUAAAGUUUACUAUGUCUUCAAAAAAAAAAAA